AUGGCCGAAGUCGGGGUGCCAAAAAAUACUCAGGCACAAACUCUCGAAGCUGCGACGAACCCGACUCUGAAUCGACUGUAUAAUAGCAAAACUUUCCGUAUUCGAGGGGUGCCGCUUGCUUGGGACUUGAAACAGCUGCAAGGUUUCUUGCAAACGUUCACCGGUGAUACAAAGCCACGAGUCUCGUCUCUGGCCUUGGAAGUCAACAAGCGCUCUCAGACUGCUACAGUAACCUUCAUGAAAGCUUCUCAACAGCUCCAGGAUAGGAAGAUUUGGCAUAUACUGGUUUCAUCUGAUCUGGAUCAGAUCGAAGAUGAUUCUAUUCAUCUUGAUGAUGGUUUCGCUGGGAUUACGACGCUCUAUAGGCCGCCACCUGAUGAACAUAUUAUCGAUAUUAUCGCAAUUUCCGGAAUCGGCGAUCACGCUUUUGGGUCGUUCAAAGAGAGAGGCGGUAACUACAUGUGGCUACGAGAUGCUCUGCCUAGGGAUAUUCCAACAGCUCGCAUAAUGAUCUACGGCUAUAAUUCUACCAUUGCGAAUAGUACAAGUAUGCAGAAUUUGGAAGACUUUGCAACAUCAUUCCGUGACUCGCUCCUACCGUUGAUUAGGAGUGACUCCAUCAGACCCAUCAUCUUCAUUGACCACAGCCUCGGAGGGCUGAUUGUCAAACAAGUAAGAAAGUGA